AUGAUCCCCAGCGUAACCCGUUUGCUCCCCUUCGUCGGGCUCGCCGCUAGCCUCGCCGCCGCACAGAACAUUGUCGACACGGGCUACGCCAAGUACCGCGGCAACCAGUCGUUCCCUGACACGGUUGCGUACCUCGGUGUACCCUACGCCGAGCCCCCCGUGGGCGACCUUCGCUUCCGCGCCCCCCUCCCACUCAACACAUCUCGGGUGACCGCUGAGUCGGCGGGCAAGAUUAUCGACCUUACCGAGAACCCAGAGUUCUGCGUUCAAGGAAGCACUGGUGCUGGUGAUGCCGGAGGUGCGGGGAGCGAGGACUGCCUGAAGCUCAACAUCUACGCUCCGGCCGGCGCGAAGAAGGGAGACAACUUGCCCGUCCUGGUCUACAUCCACGGCGGAGGCUACGUCUACGGAAACCCCGCGAACUGGCCGUACGACCACUGGAUCCACCAGUCGCCGAACGUCGUCAUCGCGUCGGUGUACUACCGCCUUAACUCCAUCGGCUUCCUUACCGCGCCCGAGAUGCUCACGAACCCGUCGCUCGGCGACCUCAACGCCGGCUUCAAGGACCAGAGCAUGGCCCUCGAGUGGGUCAGCGAGCACAUCGACGCGUUCGGCGGCGACCCGAACAAGGUCACCAUCGACGGCCAGAGUGCGGGUGCCGCGUCGAUUGAGCUCCACCUCGUCGCGAAUGAGAAGCCACGCUUCCAUGGUGCGAUCUUGCAGAGCAUCUACCGCACGCCUCUCCCUCAAGUCGAACAGCAAAGGGAUAUGUUCAAUUACUACUCCACGCAAGCGGGUUGCGGCUCGGGCUCUGUGGAAAAGAAGAUGGCAUGUCUCCGUUCUGCUGACAUCAGUGCGCUGUCCCGUGCGCAGGAUCUUGUCAUGUACAACUUCACUGGACACUACCAUUCCUUCCACCCCGUCAUCGACAAGAAGCUCUUCAUCGACUACCCUACCGUCUCGCUCGAGAAGGGCCACCUUGCUGAUGUGCCCGUCAUGGCCGGCUCAUGCGCCAACGAGACCUUGUCGAGUGGCACCAACAUCACCGCCGCGCUGAAGUUCUACUUCCCGGCGCUCACCCAGCAGGACCUCGAGGAGUUCCUCCCGGAGUAUCCCCUGAGCGACUUCAACUCCGCCGCCCAGCAGUUCCAAGUCGCGACUGGCGAAUCGGACGUGAUCUGCGGCCGGAAGAUCGUCGGCCGCGCCGCGGCGAAAAAGAACAAGGCGUUUACGUACCGCUACAACCAGCCGGUGAACGGCGCCGCCGCGACGACCCACUCGUCCGAGAACUGGAUGAUGUUCCUCGGCACCUCGACCGGUUUCAACGGCUCGACAACGUUCCAGCCCCAGACGGACGCGGACCGCGCGUUCGCCGCGGAGCUGAUCGCCUACUGGCUCUCCUUCGUCCGCGCCGCGGACCCGAGCGCGCACAAGCUCGCGCGCUCGCCCGCGUGGCCGCCGUACACGGCCGCGAGCCCGAUGCGGAUCGUGCUCAACGAGCCCGCGGACAAGAGCACGACCGUCAGCGGGGUCACCACGGAGCUCGAGCCCGAGCUCGAGGGGAAGCGGUGCGCGUUUGUGCAGACCAAGGCGCUCCACCAGCAAGCGUGA